CACCGGAGCCGGCUCAGUCGCUGCUCCAGGACCGGCCGAGGAUGGAGUUGGGUGGCAGCGCCUUCAUCCUCAUCUUCCUCCUCUUUGUCCCCUCGGGGGCUCUGUCAGCCUCCUGCGCCAACGGUGGCACCGUGGUUGGGGACACCUGCGCUUGUCCCCCCGGCCACUCCGGCCCCCUCUGCGAGACCCCCGACCCCGCCAGCGCCUGCCGCAACGGUGGCACCGCCGUGGGGACAACCUGCUACUGUCCCCCGGGGUUUGGGGGACCCCGGUGCCAGCGCCAUGACCCCGCCAGCGCCUGCCACAACGGGGCCACCGCCUUUGGGACAAGGUGCGUGUGCCCGCCCGGCUUCCGCGGGGACACCUGCCAGGAGCUGGAGGAGCUCGGGCCGUGCCUCAACGGUGGCACCUUGGAGAAGGGGACGUGCCGGUGUCCCCCCACGGCUUGGGGACCUCGGUGCGAGUGCACCUGGACAGGCCCGACCACGGCGGCGGGGAGGGGGUUGUACGUCAAUGACACGGCGGGGACGAGCGGCACGGUGACGGCCACCACCGCGGGAGGGGACACCGCGGAUGCGCCAUCGGUGAGGAGGGCCAGGAAUGUCACGGCCAGGCCUGUGGAGGGCAAUGCCACCACCGUGGGAAGUGGCAUUGUGGUCAUCACCGCUGGUGGCGUUGUGGGAAGGAACGUCACUGUCACCGCUGUGGUCAGUGCCAGCACGGUCACUCACGGGGUGGCCAGCACGGACCAUGACGUGGUGACCACCACAGAGAGGGACACAACGGUCUACAGUGGCACUGACCAUGACGUGGUGACCACCACAGAGAGGGACACAACUGUCUACGGUGGCACUGACCAUGACGUGGUGACCACCACGGAGAGGGACACAACCAUCUAUGGUGGCACCGACCAUGACGUGGUGACCACCACAGAAAGGGACACAACGGUCUACAGUGGCACUGACCAUGACGUGGUGACCACCACAGAGAGGGACACAAACAUCUAUGGUGGCACCGACCAUGACGUGGUGACCACCACAGAGAGGGACACAACGAUCUAUGGUGGCAUUGACCAUGGCGUGGUGACCACCACGGAGAGGGACACAACCAUCUAUGGUGACACAGACCGUGAUGUGGUGACCACCACGGAGAGGGACACAACGAUCUAUGGUGGCAUUGACCAUGACGUGGUGACCACCACAGAGAGGGACACAACGAUCUAUGGUGGCAUUGACCAUGACGUGGUGACCACCACAGAAAGGGCCACCAGGGUCAGGGCAAGUGUCCCCUUGGCCACCACCACAGGGGGGAACACCACGCCGAUGCUGCCAGAGGGCCGCGUAACAAAUGUCACGUCCUCACACCUGAGGAAUGCCACCAGGGCCACCACCGUGGAGGGUGAGGCCACAGCCGUGGACGGUGACACCACGGUCACUCGGUCAAACCUCGUGGGAGGUGACACCACGGCCAUGGAGGGUGACACCGAGGCCACCCCCAUGGAGGGUGACACAGAGGCCACACCAGUGGCCACCACGGUAAACAACACCAAGGCCACCACAGUGGAAAGUGACACCGUGACGGUGCCACCAGGACACCUGGGAAGCCACAACAAGGCCACCACCAGGGUGAGGAACACCACGGCCAUGGGGAACAACACCAGGGCCACCACCUUGAAAGGUGACACCAGUGUGACCACCGUGGAGGGCCACACCAGGGCCAUGGAGAACAGCACCAGGGCCACCAUCACGGAGAGUGACACCGGGGCCACCAGCUUGGAAAGUGACACCACGGCCACCAGCCUGGAAAGUGACACCACGGCCACCAGCCUGGAAAGUGACACCGGGGCCACCACCCUGGAGAGCCACACCCUGUCCACCCUCUCAGUCGUCCCUGCCGACGUCACCUCGACACCAGCCCCGCCCAAUGCCACCGGCACCGUCCUGGAUGUCACCGAGAGCCCGCCCAACGUCACCGAAGCCACCAGGGCGCUGUCCCACGUCUCUGCCGGGACCACCGGGGACUUUUUGACCACCUCCACUGUCCCCCCCACGGCCACCAGGGCCACCAUGGCCACCAUCUGCCUCUACCUGCCACAUGGCGCCAGCCCCCCGGCCAUCGUGUGCCGCAACGGCGGCGUGGCCAACCGGACCCACUGCCUGUGCCCCCCCGGCUACUCCGGCCCCACCUGCGAGACCCCCGACCCCGCUGACCGCUGCGCCGGCGGCAGCACGGCCGUGGGUGACCGCUGCAUCUGCCCCCCCGGCCGGACCGGACCUCGCUGUGCCACCCCCGACCCGGCCACCGCCUGUCGCCACGGUGGCACCGCCGUGGGCACCGAGUGCUACUGCCCCCCCCGGUUACUCCGGACCCCGCUGUGAAGACCCCAGACCCACCACGGUCCCCACGGUGAGGACGCCGCGCCGGACCAGGGCGACGCCACGAAGCACCAGGAGAACCACGACCA